UGUUAGAAAGAGUUAUUUGAACCUACAUUUAGUUAUUAGUUGUGUAAUUAAUUCGUGCUUUAACUUCAGUGUAAUAUUUUGAUAUUCAGUUUUCUAAAAAUUAUAUGUUUGUGAUUUGAAAUUUAAAUUGUUUAAAAUGUCGCGUGUUACCACAUUAUUAUUGCUUACUUGCUUCAACGCGGGAUUAUCUUAUGGAAUGGAUUGCUCCGAGUCACAAAACACUUUGUUAAAAAUAUUCCAGUCAUGUCCAGGACUUCUUGAUUCUUACGACAAAUCUUAUUGUUGUUACAAUAUUCAAAAUCGUCAGGUGUAUUGUUGUGAUUCCAUGGAGUUUUUUAUGAACACAUCAUGGGUCAUCCUUACAGGGAUAAUUGUAUUUUCCAUUUUAUUUUCACUGAUUAUGCUUUGCGUAUCAUGUUUAUGCUGUAGUUGCUGCCCAUGGUAUCGCAGACGUCAUCGAGGUACUGUCUACGGAAGAGUACAAUUACCUAGCAUGGUACAUGUGAUUCAACCACCCACGUCACAAAUCCCCCCGAACGUUGCAAACCCUCCGUAUCCCAUAAAUGCAACAGGAAUGUCACAACCACCACUAUAUUCUGACGUUGUUUAUGAGAAACCAGCACCGUAUAAUCCAAAUUAUGUUCCUACGAUGCAAUAGUAAUACUGAAUAUUAUUAUAAGCUACGUUACAAUUAUAUAUUUUCAAAACGGUAUUUGUAACCCAAUUUUUCGUGUGUAAGGUAAACGAUUACGGAUACGUGUUCUGCUUUAGACAACACCAAGAGUGUAAGAAUCUCAUUUCCUUUAAUUAUUUAAUUAUUUCCUUUAAUAACGAGAAGCCAUAAAUUACGCUGA